AUGGCCAGGAGCAGGAGCAGGCUCCCUCCACUACCGGUCGUCGUCGUCAUGGUGAUGGCCUCCCUGCUGCUGCAGUCGGCGGCGGCGGCGGUGGAACCCCACAUCGAGAUGGUGGUCAACGACAACAAGAACAAGAGCAGCAGCAGCAAGAUGAACGACGAUUAUUGCCAUUACCAAUUCACGGUGAGGACGUCCGGGUGGGUUUUGGCGUCCGGCACCGACUCAACCCUCACCUUCUACGUGUGGGACCAUUACGGCACGGGCGUCCAUGUGAGCCAGGAUGGCUCAGGAUGGCCGAUGUUCGAGUCCAACAGUGAAGACGUACUAAACUUCGACGGCCCGUGCAUCAGCCAACCGUGCGUCCUCGUGAUCAGCACCGACGGCGCGGGCUGGCAGGCCGACUGGCUCAUGUCCUGGCUCGAGGUCGUCGUCACCGGCGGUGACGGUCCCCCCGUCGAGGCCGUCACGUUUUAUAACGGGCGGAAGGGGUCGGAUGGCGUCGGGGGCACCUGGCUUGGCCCCAACAACAAGGAGAUGCAAAUCGACCUUUGCUAG